GGUACCUCAAGGCUCAAGGUAACACUUCACCUCUUCAAAACUGCAAAACUGCAAAACUGCAAAACAGUUGCGCUGUUGUAGUGUGGCUUAAUCUUUAUCAGCAAUUCUUCUACAUAUAAAUCUCUCAAGUUCUGAUAAGUAUACUUGCAGAAUCUAUAAGCGCCAUGUCGAAGCGUUUGUUCGCGGAGGUCGACUCCAAUAACAGCCCCGGGAACGCUACAUCAGUUUCUCAAAUCCUAAACCAUGCUAAAAAUCUGCUGAAAACAGUCAAAGCUCUGAAUGAGGAGCUCCAAAAAUUUCAUGACACUUCCGAUAUAAAUGACGAAAUAGUCUCGGUAUUAAAACGCCACAACAACGAGAUAUUACCUACCGCGCAAUUACUCGCACAAGACGAGACAAGUGCUCUUGGUCAGGAUAGUCCCAGACCGCAAAAAGCCAGAAAGCUUGAAGAUGGGAGAAAUUCCAAAAGUUCACUUGGUGCUGGAGCACUUCCCAUCCCAAAUCACGUGUCGCUGACUCGAUGGACGCCUGAUGAUAUACCAAGUUCUGGCCUGCCACCCUUACCCCCUGUCCUAGAUCCAGCCCUCGAGCAGGCAGCACUUACUCACUCGGGUAUGACAUCAGGUUCGACGAAAAUGAGCUAUGAACGGCUCGAGUGGAUUGGCGAUGCCUAUAUCUACCUAAUGUCUACAUCUUUCAUCUUCCAGACCUUCCCCAAUCUACCCGUCGGGCGAUGCUCCCAGCUGCGGGAGAGGCUUGUUAGGAACGAGACUUUAUUGAACUACACCAUACAAUACGGUAUCGACAAGCGCACGAAAUUUCCCCCGGAGUUUGGCCCUCUCGGAAAGCCUGGGGCGACUCGGGCAUCUGAGGUAGCAAGGAAAAAGGCCCUCGGCGACGUUUUUGAAUCUUAUGUCGCAGCUACGAUUUUAGCAGACCCGGAGAGCCUACCGCGUGUGUCGUCCUGGAUAAAGUCACUCUGGAGCAUAGAACUCGCAGAUGAGAUUCGAGCAGAGUUCAGAGGCAAGUCAAGUUCUAAACACGAUCGCUCAAACAAGAAGCAAGAUACGGACAGCGACAAGCAAGCUACAAAACAGGACCUACCCUAUAAGGUCAUCUUGAGAAACGCUAUCGUUGUGAAUGGGAUUAAACUCUCGUACAACGACGUGGGUGAACUAAAGAAGGAUAAACACUUGGGUCUUCCAUUGUACACUGUAGGCGUAUUCCUCGACGGAUGGGGAGAAAGUAACCUCCAGCUAGGUCUCGGAAGUGCAUUAUCGAAGAAAGAGGCAGGAAACAAUGCGGCACGCGCAGCGCUGGAUAAUAAGAAGCUCAUCAAGCGCCUACAGCAAAAGAAGGAAGAGUUUUUGAAAUCUAAAAGUUUAGCCGAGUCAACGCAGCAAGAGUAUGACAACUGGUCAUAACUGGGUAAUAUCCAAGGUAUCUAGGAUUGCUACCUAGUAGAAUGGCACUUACUACCUGGUAGGUACCUAAGUUAGGUAUUGAUCGAGUUUCUCAAUAUGUAUCUAUGCGCCCACGGAGUUAAUAUCAUGUCGGAUAGCAGAAGCUUAAUCUUAGAAGUAUAGCUGAGAACAAAAUCAAUUUUGUUGCCGUGAUAACAGUCAGGGUGACGAAACAAUCUGACUUUGGUCCUUUACAAC